CACGACCGCAAGACGGCAACGGGAUGUCUGAGUUUCCAACAACUCUCCCCGACACCAUUCCAAAGAUGCGAUGUCUCAUACUCCAGAUCUAUCCCAGAGGGUAGUCCCGGCCCAAUUGGGCUUCCUGGCCAUCUACAACCCUUCACUAGGCACGACGGACGAAACCCUCGACAAUCAAAUCGUCUACUACUACUCUUCCACCGACUCGCGAGGAGAUCGGACGAGAAAGCGGACUGCGCUGGACCCCAAGUCUGCCCAAGAUGCCGCUCGAGAGCAGAAGAAUGAGCAGUUGAGGCAGGUCGGACUCGCCCAAGGCAUGGUAGAAUUUGGUCGAAGCUUUUCAGACGGCAAAUCCGUGAGCACAGUCGAAACAGAGAAGUCGCGCAUUAUACUUCAUGAAUUAGAGCCCGGCUGGUGGAUUUUAGCUUCGAUCAAUUUGACAAUCCUACCCGGCACUAUCAAGACACCUGCUACUAAAGGGAAAGCAGCUGGCGAGCAACGAACGAUCGAAUAUUCGUCGCGCGAAGUCAAACCACCGGUCUUGCUCCUCGGGGAUCUUCUUCAAGCCCAUUCGAUAUUUCUUCUUCACCAUGCCUCUUCGUUGAGUGCGCUCUUCGCUCGGACAAAGCGAUCAAAAUUCAUGACCACACUUGGUCGUUAUUGGGAUAUGUUUCUGUCGACAUGGAAUGUGCUUAUGCAUGGAAAUCCAGCCAACAGUCUUUACGGAGGAAUCAAGAUUGCAGCAUGCGGGGAGCUAGGAAUGGGCACGGGUGAAGCCGGCGAGGGAGCUCGAGGUAGAGGAGAACGCGAAGUUCUCGAAGGUUUUGUUGGUCGGGUGGAUGGGCUGGUUGACAUGAUAGUGUCCAAGUUCGGAGACGGGGGUUUAUCUCCGGAAUCAGAAACAAAUGCAGGCAAAGAUACACAACCUCGAACAAAACCGACCGAACCUUGGCUUGGCUCUGGAGAUGACCCAGCCGCAGAAGACGGUGCCAUCUUUCUAGGUACUGGCGCACUGUCAAGGAAAUCCCUUCGUGAUGUCUCGCAUUGGGUGGAGGAUCUUUACAGGUGGGGUCCUCAUGCGUACGGUGUAAUGGACAAUUCCACCACCCAUCGUCGCAACAAGAAAUCAAGAGGAACACUACGGACCAGACAGAAGGAACUAUCUCCCGCGGCCCAAGAGGACUCCGGGAGAGAACAUGAAGUAAGCCUUCGUAACGGAGCUCCUCGGCGACCGAGUACUCUUCGACAAGGCUCAACGAGAACAGUAUCGCCGACACCAAUUGGCGAAGGAGAUCCUCCAGGCGAGCACAAAGCUAAAGAAUCACGACCGGACCCUGUGCAGAGACAGUCUAGUCAGACGAACACGGAUAGCGACUCAAAUAAGAGCAGCACAUUUGUUCAGUAUCUUAAACUCGGCUAUGGGACACAUUGGUCUGUCAGUGGCUCAUCAAGCAAAGAUAAACCUCCUGGUGAAGCGCCAGCGGCCGAACGAAAUUCGCCCAUCGUUGCAGAUGUUUCAGCUAAGGAUGCAGCCUCCAACGGUCUGGCGAACGUUGACGGCACAUCUGAGAAGCCCAUGGAUGUUCGCGACGACUCUGCGGGUCAUUAUCUGAUAGGACUUAUGGGUGACAUUGAAGGGGAGGUCGAAGAGGAUCUGCCCAAUGCUGACGCUGAUAUUCACACGCUUUUCGGCAACAACGAUAGCUACAAUUCAAGGUUACACUUGCGGACAUUGACUGUUGAAUUGGAGCGCGAAAAGAAUGCACGGGAUGACGAGGCUGAGGUUAGCGCUGAUCUGGGAAAUACCGGCGAGCCACCGAAGACUCCUGGAUCUGAACCCAUAGGAAAAUCCACUGCGUCGUUCGAGAGUGAGGAUCGGAAUAGAACAAAGGAGCUUCAAGUUGUUGUCUAUGUGAAUAGGCCAUUCAUCUUUGUUCUUCUCUUCGAAUUGAGAACGUUUGCUCUUGGAUUGUCAAGUCUAUACCGUUCUCUGCAUUACCAGUUUGGGCCACUGAUAAAGCCGUUGCUCGCCGCAACCUCCCUUCAGGCGUCUAAACCAGAUAUCAAUUCCAACGACACAGGGGGCCCCAAUAAUCCAAUAUAUGACCUUGUUUGGGAUCCGGAAUUGCUCACUGUCACCUCAACCAUACCCAAUAUACCUGAUCCGUAUCAGACGCUUUCAAAGUCAUACCAGCCACCUCCAUGGUCUCGUAUCGAAGCACUGAAUACACACAUGCAAAUUCUCAAUACCUACACUGCCACAACAGACAGCAUCGAGAUGGAACGUACAUGCAAGACCAGUCGAGGCUGGUGGGUUGUCUGGACACGAGUACCUGGCCUCGAACCUAAAACUCCAGGGCAUACCGACGAAAACGGAGUUAAUUCCCCAAGAGCUUCUGGGCUAACGUCUGGAGCAUCGGGUCUUAAGUCAGGGCCAGCACAUCCGUUCCUUGAAACCGCUUCCAAUACUCCGACAGGGAAGGAAAUCUUUUUGAUUCGGAGAGCGAGCGAUAAUGUUGGUGCCAGGUCUUCCAGUAUAUUUGCGAGCGGGUCAUCGGGAGGCCGUGAUACAGGAUGGGCAGCUGGACCAGGUAGGCUGGCACAAGGAAUUGGCAUCGAUACAAAAAGCUAUAUUGAGAGUUUACUGAAUCUCCACCGGUAGAAAUGCUGGCCAUUGGCUUUAGACUGCGUUCAGCCGGCCGACCCCUGGAAUGUGGGAGUUUGCACCCGGCUUGAGAGAAAUUUUACGAGAUAAUGUCAGUCUAGAAAUAAGACUUUUAGUUCC